UUAGUGCAGUCGUUCAGCUGUUUCCUCUUGGUUGCAUUUCAUUGAUAUUCUUUGACAUUUUUAUACUUUUUGCUUGRAAAAAUGAGUAAUAUUGUCCGUAUACAGCCGCUGCAAUACGUGCACUUGAAAGACUUGAAUACCAAUGUGACUGUUCUGGAAGUUGGUCCAAAAAGUAUGAUUCUUCAGGACAACCAUGUACUUGAACAAGGCCCAUUACCUUUUGUUGUCAUCCCUCCUGGACAUUACUGCAUGAUACAAAACCCUGUCAAAGAGCCUAACCAGCCUGGAGAGCAAUGUAAUCUGAACCAUGGACAUAGAGAAGUUAGAUUUCACAAGGAACCUUUUCCUCUUUAUCCUGGAGAGGAAAUUAUUGGUGCCAAAUCCCUGAAAGAUUAUAAAAAAGGUAUAAAACAGUUACCUGUGAUUGGCCCAAAUGAGGCAUUAAGAUUGACAGCAAUAAUUGACCAUAAGGAUGGCGACGUAGAUCGAUUUGCUGGGGAUAUGUGGCAACUUGAAGGACCCUUGACGUAUUACCCAACACCCUUUGCCUCCUUUGCUGAAAACACCCAGUCAUUUGUGACAGCAACAAUUGUUCGACCAGGAAAAGCUCUAGAAAUAACAGCCAAGCAGGACCUUAUUGACAAAAAAGGAAAAAAAAGAGUUACUGGUGAAGUGUGGCUUGUAAGGGAACAAGGAGCUUACCUUCCAGGAAUUUUUGAAGAGAUUACCAAUGUGGUUGAAGCAUCUACUAUCACUCAGGAUUUUGCACUGCACAUGCUAGCAAAACAUACUGGCAUUGAUGCUCUUGGCAAGAAAAGAUAUGCAGGUGAUGAAUGGCUAGUUACUAUAGAUGAUUCAGACUCAUAUAUUCCAGAAGUUCAUGAGACUAUAAUUGAUACAGUCAAGAAGACAGUUCUUGGUAAAGAUGAAUACUGCGUAGUAGUUGAUCCAGUUGAYAGCAAAGGAAAGAACCAGUUGGGAUUGAGAGAGCUGCGGAAAGGAGUUGCAAGCUUUUUCCUCCAUCCUGGAGAGAGUCUUGAGGGUGGUCUUAUUCAAAAGACUCAUCUACUAGAGGCCGAUGAAGCUCUUGUGCUCUGUUCUAUGGACAGAUUUACAGAUGAUUCUUUACAAGAAAAGGUUGAAAGGGGACCUGGUGAUAGGUGGAUGAUACUGGGACCCAAAGCCUACAUUCCACCCAUUGAAGUCAAGGUCGUUGCUAAACGGUAAUUACAAAAUAUAGUACCUAGUGCGGUACAGUAUCAUAGUCUACCUAGUGUGAUAGUUCGUGCUGUUAUGGGUCCUCAGUCAUACCUUCUCAAGGCAUAUGAAGAACUUUGGGAGAAAGAACUGCCUGACAAUGUUGAGCUAAUUUUACAGAAGGGUGGUGGACAUGGKUCAGAAGAUAUUCGGAAACUAGCAUACUUUGAAUCGUCUAUUGAUCCUAAGAUAGCCUCAAAGGGUAGAGACAAAACAAGGGUUGUUGUUUAUCGUUGUCCUGGAAACACAGCAGUCCAGGUUUAUGAUUACCAGAAGAAGACAGCAAGAGURAUAUUUGGACCUGACUUGGUUGUCCUUGGCCCUCAUGAGAACUUCAACGUGUUGAGUCUGAGUGCUGGUAAACCCAAGAGGCCAAAUGCAUUACGAACAAUUUGUUUAAUGCUUGGACCAGAUUUUAUCACUGACUUGUUUGAGGUUGAAACAUCAGACCAUGCAAGACUAGCAAUCAAAAUUGCAAUGAAUAACUUUUUUGACGUUGAUCGUACGGACCCUGAAGCUGUACAGGCUAUUUUCUCGGUACCUGACUUUAUUGGUUUUGUCUGCAAAAACAUUGCUAGUCGYAUUCGUGGUAAGGUUGCGCAAGUCCCGUUUGACGAGUUCCAUCGUUACUCAGUGCGUAUAAUCAAGCAAGCAGUUUUYGGCGAGGAUGACAAGGGAAAUAUCAAAACUAAGCUAUGUUUUGAAGCUAACAGACUGGUUAUUACUAAUGUUGACAUACAAAGYAUUGAGCCUAUUGAUCGUAACAUGAGAGAAAGCCUUAGUAAAUCUGUUCAAAUGGCCAUAGAGAUCUCUACGAAAUCCAUUGAAUUGUCGGCUGCUCACGAGGCCAAACGAAUAGAGCAAGUGGCCAAAGGACAAUUGGAAAGACAGAAACUACUGAAUGAAAAGGAAGCUGAAGAGGCUCGUAAGACUCUGUUUGAACUCCAAGCYGUUACGGCUGCAGUAGAAUCAUCAGGUCAAUCUAAAGCAGAAGCCCAGGCCAAGGCUGAAAGAUCUCUGAUUGAAGGAGAAAGUGCUAUAGAGCUUGCCAAACUCAAGGCAGAAGCCAACGAAAUCAAACUGAAUGCUGAGCUAGAAUCACAAAGAAUUAAACGUGAAGGCGAACUUGCGUUUAAAAAACGGCAAAAUGAACUGAAAGUGGAACGUGCCAAGAAGCUCGCUUCAAUUCAGGUUCAGAAGUUUUCGUCGAUGGUUAAUUCCAUUGGACCAAACACGAUUAGUAAUAUUGCUUUAGCAGGACCUGAAUCGCAGGCGCACAUGUUGCAAGGUCUUGGAAUCGAAAAUGUUCUUAUCACCGAUGGGGUAACACCGCUGAACUUGUAUCAGUCGUCACCUGGAUUCAUCUGCAAACCGAAUUAAUUGGCCGUAAUUAUUAUCUAAACGUCCGGCAGCCAGUGUAGUAGGAAAGGAUCUUAAAAAAUUAAACCUCCGGCAGUCUAAAUAGAGAAACAAUGAGUGUAUAUUAAUGGCGUAAAAAAGUUAAAGUCURUGUCUCGUAUUCUAUUUGGUCCUAUUUGCAUGGUUGAUAAAAAAGGACAACAUAUUGAUAGUGUUYUGAAAGCGUUUGGGGGCUCUGAAUAUUUUCUAAAAGAAAAUUAGCUGAUUUGAAAUGAAAAAAAUUAGGAAAUCCUCUGACUACUUGACGUGUAGUUUUUUUAGACCCUUUCCGGCUGCCGCUGUGAUUGUGAAAUGUAUAUAURUAUUAAUCUAAUUUCUUGAAAUAAUUUCUGGUAUAAAAUACCAGCAAAGAAUUGCUGAAGGACUUCAACAAAAGAGUGGAACAGACAGCACCAAUCGGAACGAAUCUCUUGAUAGUUUAAGAAAAAACAAUGGACAAACAUCAUUAGAUAAGUCUUCCAAACAAUAAAUCAAAACCUAACUUAACAAAAAAGGUGCUGUACUUAGGGAGCAAAAGGGCUGUAUAACUGMAAAGGGUCUUUUGACKAUUUUUA